GCUGGCAGGGAUGGAAGCACUCUGGAUAGUUAUCUGAAUCUAAAUUUCAGGAAUACAGGCUACUUCAUAUUCAAAAAUACAGAAAAUCCAACAAAGUGGAGUCAAGUACAUGCAGCAGCUUCAUGGGCUUGAAGGAUCACUUGGGACAUGAUGCAGGCCACCUCUAUGGGGAUACCGCAGAGACUCAAAUAAUUGCACCUUGGUCAAUGGUAGAGAAGCCAACAAUGGAUAAAGUUAACUCUAGGAAGGAGGAUGCUAAUAAGGAGGCUUCUGAAGAAACUGGAAGUUCCAGUUGUGACUCCGAGGAAAGCACAAAUUCUGAUAAUGAAUCGGAACAAUCAGCUACAAUUGGAACAGAAUCAUGCUUCUUACCGAAGACGCACAGACGGCUAUGUAGGUCUCCUUGCCUAGAACCACAUAUAUUAAAACGCAAUGAAAUCUUGCAAGACCUUAAGCUGGAGGAAGCACAGAUAGUGUCUAAAGAAGUUAAGAAGCCUCCUGACGUUGUAAAAGAAUAUCAAACCAAACUAGAGUUUGCACUUAAGUUAGGUUACUCUGAAGAACAAGUUCAGCUUGUCCUCAACAAACUUGGUACUGAUGCUUUAAUCAAUGAUAUAUUGGGAGAACUUGUCAAACUUGGAAAUAAAACUGAAACAGAACAGAGUGUAAGUAAUGUUAACAGUAGCUUAAUGCGAGAAGCUUCUUCUGUCGAGUCACAGAGAUCUCACUCUCCACUUCAGGAAGAUGUGCCAGUGGAUGGUGAUAACCUGAGACCAAUUGUUAUUGAUGGCAGCAAUGUUGCAAUGAGCCAUGGAAACAAAGAAGUAUUCUCUUGUCGAGGAAUUAAACUGGCAGUGGACUGGUUUUUGGAAAGAGGCCACAAAGAUAUCACCGUGUUUGUGCCAGCAUGGAGAAAGGAACAGUCUCGACCGGAUGCUCUCAUUACAGAUCAAGAAAUCUUACGUAAAUUAGAAAAAGAGAAAAUUCUGGUGUUCACCCCAUCGCGCCGUGUUCAGGGGAGAAGGGUGGUAUGCUAUGACGACAGGUUCAUAGUGAAGUUGGCCUUUGAGUCUGAUGGUAUAAUUGUGUCUAAUGAUAACUACAGGGAUCUAGCUAACGAAAAGCCAGAAUGGAAGAAAUUCAUUGAUGAACGACUGCUGAUGUAUUCAUUUGUCAAUGACAAAUUCAUGCCUCCAGAUGAUCCACUUGGACGCCAUGGUCCAAGUCUAGAUAAUUUUCUGAGGAAGAAACCUGUUGUUCCGGAACACAGGAAGCAACCAUGUCCAUAUGGGAAGAAAUGCACUUAUGGACACAAAUGCAAGUACUACCAUCCAGAAAGAGGAAAUCAGCCUCAGAGGUCAGUAGCUGAUGAACUUCGUGCCAUGUCUAGGAACACAGUUGCCAAAGCUGCUAGUGAAGGGGGGCUGGUGAAGAGCAACAGUGUUCCUUGUAGCACAAAAAUCGAUAGCACUUCCGAUCUCAAGCGAGCUGCUCCAAAGAGGCAAUCAGACCCUAGUAUAAGGACUCAAGUCUACCAAGACUUGGAGGAAAAGCUUCCCACCAAAAACAAAUUGGAAACCAGGUCUGUUCCUUCUUUAGUUAGUAUACCGAAUUCUGCUGCUGCAAAACCCCAAAGUACUGCACCUUUAAGCAAUGGCCUUCCAUCUGGAGUCCAUUUCCCACCUCAGGAUCAAAGACCACAGGGACCGUAUCCUCCAGUGAUGAUGGCAACCAAAAAUCAUGGAACGCCCAUGCCUUAUGAGCCGUAUCCCAAAUGUGAGUCUCCUGUGGAUGUAGGCUACUACUCUAUGCUGAGUGCAUAUUCAAACCUAAGUCUUUCUGGGCCACGAAGUCCUGAAAGGCGUUUCUCUUUGGACACGGAUUACAGAAUAAGUUCUGUAGCUUCUGAUUGUAGUAGCGAAGGAAGCAUGAGCUGUGGCAGUAACGAUUCCUACAUAGGCUACAAUGAUCGGUCCUACAUGAGUUCUCCUGACCCCCAACUGGAAGAGAAUCUGAAGUGCCAACAUAUGCACCCCCAUAGCCAUGUAAACUCACAGUCUUUCUUGCAGAGCUACCGUGAUACCCUCUCCAGAGUUCCGAGUUACAGUCAUGAAGAACCAAAGCAUCAUCACAAACCUCCACUUCCAUACAUGGCUGUACACCUUCACCACCCCAGUGUUGGGGCUCGUUCCAGUUGUCCUGGCGACUACCCUGCUGCUCAAAGUUCUCAACAUUCAAAGAGCGUACACCUUGGGAGAGCCCUUGCGUCCACAAGAGUAGACAGCAUAUCAGACUCACGUUUGUAUGAUAAUUCUCCCUUGAGACAAAGAAAAUCAUACUCUGGUCAAGAGGGACUUGGCAGUUGGGAUAGGCAAGGCUAUGGAAUGGAUGCGUAUAGCUUUCGUCAAACCUAUUCCUUGCCCAGUAACCCCUCACAGCCAUGCUAUGAGCCAUUUGCUUUCCAAAGCUUACCUGAGCAACAAGAACAGCCUUGGCGGAUACCUUACUGUAGAAUGCCUCAAGACCCUCCAAGGUACUUGGACAGCCGAGAGAAAGUCUACAUAAACCUGUGCAACAUUUUCCCCCCUGACCUUGUGAGAAUUGUUAUGAAAAGGAAUCCUCACAUGACAGACGCUCAGCAGCUUGCUACAGCCAUUUUAGUGGAAAAAUCGCAGUUAGGUUAUUGAUGACAUGAUGAUGAUGCAUCUUUGCGGUGUCUAUUAGUUCAGUUUCAGCUGUAAUGCUGAGGGAGGUUUGCUACAAUAGCAUUUCUGAUCUCCUUCUCAGCAAGGAGGUUAUAUAGUAAUCCAUUUAUGUGAAAUACUGUGCCAUAGAAUCUGUAUGUAAAACCCCAUGCAUUGGAAGUGACAGACUUGGUUUUAAACGCUCACACGGUUUUUAAAAAAUAUAAUAUUUCAUAGCUGGGAGGUCCUUCCAAUUUAAUAUAUUAUUAUAUCUGCGUUCUCUGAAUAGAUUCUUUGGUGCAUCUGGGGGUUUAUAUGCAGCACUUUCUAAUAUUGUUAUGUAUUUAUAUUGGGGUGUUAUGUCUUUCAAGUGCAAAAAAAAAUAUAUCUUUUUUAAACUCCAGAUAACUGAAGAGGAUUUUAUGCACCUAGCCAAUGUUUUUUCUUCAAGCCAAGCUUAUGAACUCUUUUUUAAAUUGCAAUUAAGUUAUUUAAUUUUAUUGUGUUAUUUUUGUGUGUUCUAUAAUCAUUUUAUUUAUAGAAAGCAAAGGUCUUCUACUUCACAGAUUUUAUUUUUAAGGAAUUUGCGAGUUACCAGUUUUCACACUGAAAUGAGUAACGAAAUUAGUACUUUAUAGUAUGGCACUUUUUAUUUUAUUUUAAUUGAAAUUAUUUGUUGAUUAUUUUUUAUUUUUUCUGUAAGCAGAAGCAAUCAGUUCGAGAGAAACCUGCUAUCACUAAUUUAUUAUGUAGAAGGCAAAAGCCUUGUGUGCAAGUUUUGAAGAUGUUAAGUUCAUCUGAUUCAUACUUGUCUAAAAUCAGGCCACCAAUCUGUCGGUGUAGGCAACAACUUUACCCAGCCAAUGUGUAGUUCCAUUCAUUAGAAAUGGCAGUGACAUUGAGAUAUGUUUAAGGUGUGUCUCUUGCUCCUUUAAUUAAUGUGCAGGUAUACUGGACAAAAUGCUUUUUUCAUAAAAAAAACCACCUGUUUUUAAAUGAAAUGAAUUGUUCUCAAUGCAAUUUUUGUAUAUAAGAUAUUGUAUAUUUUUCAUCCUAUUUAUCAAACUGGCCUGAGAAGGUUUUUAUGUUGUGUUGAAUAUAUGCAACAUGUUAUUAACUGCACUAUAGUAAUAAUAGUAUUAUAGUAUUAUAACUGGGGUUAUUCCACUCUUUCUUGUGACAUACUGGCCAGGAUCCAAUGGUGUUGCUGAUAGAAGCAAGUUGCCUGCAGGCCUGUGGAAGGGGAUGAGUUAAAUCCCACACAUUGCAUGCAGCUCCCUUACAGUCUCAAAGUCUUCUCUAGAGAGCUGGGAAAUUAUCCAGAGCAGAUUUUCAAGCAACACGUAAGAGGGAGAACAGAAGGAGAAACUCCUAUUAUGCCAGGGAAAGUACACUAGUGCAGUGCUGUAUCCUGGCUCAAAUAGACUGUGUUCUCAAGUUAGUUUGUCUAACCUGUUGAAUGUAGGUCUCAUUCUCUCUAGAAGCCACAUAGUUUUAAAAGAAAAUAGGCUUGUCUCUUCUAGUAUUUUUAAGGGAGAUUUCUGGUUUUAAGUUAUGGGUUCUGCUAGCUCUUUUAAAGUGUAAUUUUACAUAGAAUAGCAAUUGAUCUGGUAGUCAGCGACUUUAUAGGCCUUGCAAUCAGCUGCUUACACACUAGGAUUUCCUACGGAGCAACAUACUGUGAUGUUUCCUUAGUAUUCAGUGCUAGUGCUGAUCAAUGUGUGUGCAGCUGUCACCUGAAGACCCUGUAGAACCAGAAAGUACCUUUUACUGUUGAUACAAAUUGUAUCUUUAACUAUGAGAACGAUUUUAAUUUAUAGAUCUAAUGGUAAAACACACACACACACACACAAAUGUCUGUAGAUGAUUUUCGAGACUUUGGGCAACAUUUUAUCACUUAUUUUUAAAAAGGAAAAGAAAAUGAAGCUAAAGGAAAGUUGUUGAGUCCUUAUACACUGCACACAUUUUCCUCCUAUUUAAAGAUGUCUCUUUCUCAUGCUCUAAAACAAUAUUGAGUGAGAUCUUACCUGAAAAUAUUGAUAAAAUGCUGCCUGAAAAGAGUGUCCAAGCACCUUUGAAUAGGAAAACAUUUUUGACUACUUCUCCAACACUGUGUGUUGUAAGAAGUAGGAUUUUGGUAUACCGUAAAUGCUCCUAUAAAGCAUUGUGCUUAUAAAUAUAUCCAAUAAUCUGAACCAUGUUCAGCAACUUUGAUUCAUUAUUGUUCUUCUAUACUGCUCUUACUGUUGACUGAUGACAUAGGAUAUGAGUUCUCUUAGGCAUGCUUCUCCUAACCUGGUAGCAUCCAUGUAUGAUGGACUAUAAAUCCCAACAUGUUAGGUUGAUGGGAGUUGUAAUCUAACACUGUUGGGAAUUGCAAAUGGUUAGGAAAGCCUGUGUUGAAUUCCUCUGCCCUCCUGUAGGUGCUAUCUUAUGUUUUGUCCAUCUCUCCUGAAGGAGAAUGUAGGUCCCAUUUCUUCUUCUGAAAUUGUUUGUUCCCUAUUUAUAUAGAGUAGUUUUAAAUAAGAAAUUGUACAUAGUGUAUUGUGCACAAGACUCCACUGCCCUUUACAUGAAUAGAAUUUGUGCAAAACCCUGACUUGUUUGUUACCACUACAGCAAAAAUUCCUGGUGGACUAUGAAUUCAUGUGUUGUUUAAUGGCUUUAUAUUGUAAUUUUGAAUUUUUACUGUCCUCUUACCUUAUCCAUGGUUUAAUGGGAUUCCUUAUCCCUUGGGAGUGCACAGUGUUGAAACAUAUGUCUUCUGGAAUGGGAUAUGUUCAUAAUUUGCUUUUUAAUUUGUCUUGUGGUAUGUUGCUAAAGGAAGCUGAAGCCUGGCAACGUGGCACAGAGUGUAAAAACGGUUUUCUGUGCAUUGAGUUGUUGUAGGGUUUUCUGGCUCUAUGGCCAUGUUCUAGAAGCUUUUUCUCCUGAUGUUUCGCCUGCAUCUAUGGCAGGCAUCCUCAGACCUCACAACCUCUAAGGAUACCUGCCAUAGAUGCCGGCAAAAUGUCAGGAGCGAAUGCUUCUAGAACAUGGCCAUACAGCCCGAAAAACCUACAACAACCCAGUAAUUCUGGCCAUGACAGCCUUCGACAAUACAUUGUCUGUGCUACGAUAUGAAGUGAGAUUUUUCUGUGUUCAUGUAAUGUAGAAUGAUUAUACAAGAAUAUGCCCUUCAUUUAUAGAUGAACAGAGGUUUGCUGGUCUAGAGAGUCCAGAACCAUGGUGGCCCUGUUUAAUGACCUCCUUCAGUCCUGAAACCUGAUUUUAGCUCUCCUUGUGCACCAGGAGAAGGUGGGAGUUAAAAAAGAAAAUCCCAUGACUCCACUGCAUUCUGCUGCAGGAGCUUUUCAAAACACUCCAUGUUUUGAAAGAUUAAUAUGCCUGGUAUCAGUACUUAUUCUGAAAUGAAUUGGUUGGCUGGUCCAUCUGUAAUUAUGCUGUCUCCUGAACAGAUCCUUACCUCUCUCAAUUGAUUGGGCUCAGCCCAACAAUAUACUUAGUUUGAAGAGUCAUUUUCUAAAGGGAAAAUCAAGAAAUUGUAUGACACUUUUACUAGCAUGCAUUACUGGGCUUAUUCCCUUUACCUUUUUCAGUUCCAAGCCUGCCUUUUACUAUUACCAAAACUGAUUAAAAAAGCUUAUAUCUUUUCUCCAGGAAGAUUUAAACAUAGAUGCGACUGUGAAACUAAAUCCUGAAACUCCCCAACAUUUCAGGCAAGAGAGAGACUAGACAAUGUUGUGUAAUAUUUCUCCUUAUUUUUCUAAAUGUCAAGGUCCCCCAACCUAGUAUUUGUACAAUGUAGCAACUGCAUAUGAAUUAAAUCUAUUAAAAUUAAUGAGCUUUAAAUUAAUAAUGACUGAAGUUCCAUUGACAAUCAGUCUACAUUUAACUUUUAUUUGAGCUCUCAUAUCUAUCUAUCUGUCUAUCUAUCUAUCUUUACUUCACUACUAGUUUGCAUUCUUAACUCCUUUUAGAUUAUGGAUAUCUUCACAGUUUUGAUUGAUAUAUAAAGUUUCCUGCUGGUCUUAGUUUGUAUUUGAUUUAGUAAGUUGGACAUCUGUUUGCAUUUAAUGCUCAAUGGUACUGCUUUGUUCACUGCACUUGGAUGUGGUCAUCCAGUCAUUGUUAAAUAUUAAAUAUUCAGGUUUCUCUA